AUGGACACACACUUCUUCGCGGGCUUGACCAAGUUCAAGCUCGACGCGGGGAAGCAUCGACGUGACGACGAUUUCGCUGAUCGGUUUAGCCACAACUUUACCACUCUCCUGCUGGUCAUCUUCACACUGGUGGUGUCCGCGAGGCAGUACAUUGGCAAGCCCAUAGCAUGUUGGGUGCCCACAGAGUUCACACGGGCACAGGAGGAGUACGCGGAGUCGGUGUGUUGGGUGACGAGUACCUACUUUCUGCCCACUAAGCAGAAAACCGUGCCAGAGUCGACACAGGAGCGUGAGGAGCGAAAAAUCCUCUACUACCAGUGGGUUCCAUUCGUUCUCAUGAUCCAGGCCUUCCUCUUCAAUCUGCCCUGCAUCAUCUGGCGACUUUUUAAUUGGCAAUCGGGAAUUCAUAUUAUUAGGAGCAUGGCCUUUGAAACCCAAGUACAGGCAAGUAGGCGAGACCACGCAGAGCAUUCUCUUAUCUACACGACGCGAGAGUUCUUUGAAGUGGAUGCACACGUCUCCUCCACACUGAUGUUAUCUAGGGAAACAUAA